AUGUCGAGCUUCUUCCAGUUUACCCAGGGCACAGAGUCUCGCUUCCGGCCUACCGAUACCUCGCCGCUACUCGGUCGAUUCAGAGCAGUCCCUCCGCGGCCAGAGCUGGGACACCGACGUAGCCAACUUGGGCUGCUUGCCGAUAGAUAUGGGAUUGGUAAUGGCAGUCUACAUGUUGGAUAUGGAGCUGUGCUUGCGGCAGGCUUGGCAGAUGAAGACGACGAAGAUGACUCGGUUAACCCCCGAGCUGCUGGCGGAGAGGACGACGAGAUCAGUCGUUGGCAGAGGCUGUGGAAGCGUUGGAUUAUAGAUCUCUGGGUUGAACCCAGGCAAGGUGCUGUGAAGAGGGUUGUUGAUAGGUGGUGGAGCCGAUAUGGCUUGCUGGUGUUUCUACCGGCUUUAUUGACAAUUGGCUGGUGCGCCAUUCCAUUCCCUCAAUAUCCUCUUCCUCGUGAUGGCGGUGAUCGGGGCGACGACGCUGAUGAUCAUCCCACGCGUGGCUACGGCGACGUCCGAGUACAAACGAACUUCUGGUUCUUCUUGUUCGUCUAUUAUGGAUUCUAUAAUCUGGUUGCUCUCGUCUGGAUCACGAAAAUAUUCAAUUUAUACAGCCUCAACUGGUGGCCCAAAUCGCUGGGCUUUCCCAUUACGAUAUCACUCAUUGCCAUUAUUGGCAUCUCUGUCCCGAUUCCGAUAUAUUACAGUGAAGCCUCUCGCUUUCUUACAAUCCACAACACCUCUUGGAUUACUUGGACGUUUAUCAUUAUGGCGAUGCCGGUCACCAUUGCGUUUUUGAUUCUCAUGACUAACGAGCGACACAUUGGGCUGCGGCAUUCGCUUUCUGAAACACAACGCAUCUUUACAACAUCAUGGUGGACUGGCGAGCCUGAUACGCUCCCACGACCGGAUAGGCGCCGGCGUAACAUGGGUCCUGACCAGUGGGAACAUCAGGUUUUGCAUUCGUCUCCCAACAUGAGACGCCAGGGAGUGGCUGUGCGCCGUAGGUGGUUACCUGCCAGCUUUGUACGCUUCUUGUGGUUCUGCGUGGCCCUGUUUAUCGGACUUCUCGCCUACUUGAUUGGAGAAGCGUAUGCUGAAAUUUAUGUCGGCACUUUGCCACAUAACAACUUGGAGACUGUUGUAUACGUUUACGGCUGGGUUGUAACUGUCCACCUUCUUGACGCUUUGACGGCCUGGGUGCUGGGCAUCCGAGAAGGUGAGAGAGUUGGCAGCUAUCCACUAAGCUGGGUCUUUAAGCUAUACUUCAUGUUGACAUAUCAGACAUAUGUCCGAACCUUGUACGCCAGAUUGCGAUCGCCGACUCAGUUCAUUAUCUUGCAGCUUUUAUCCUCGACCAGUCUCGUGGUUCUCACGCCCAUAAUGAUGACGGAGACGUUCCACAAGAUGAUGGUCGUGCUGGGAAUGAAUGAACAGAGCUAUGGCUCAUACCAAAAGUUACAGACCCGAAAUGUCUUUAUUCGCUUCUUGGCGGAGAACGCUUCCAUGGCAGCGUUCUUGGGAAGCAUCCUGGUGUUGCACUAUGGUGCAAACAAGGACAUGUAUCCUUACUUUCUGUUUGACGGUGACGAUGAGCCAUACACUCUGGAUCUGACUGUCUAUGCCUCGCUCGUGACUUGGGCAUGCGAGAUCAUCGCCAGUGUUGCCGUGCGCGGGCUGAUCCGCGUCUUAUUCAAGGUGGACGUAGGUCUUGAGGGCAAACUCGAUCUUGCCGUGUGGCCGGAGCUUCUCCCGACUUGUGUGGCGGUGAUGCUGCAUGUUCUACAGAAUAUGCUGUUUUCUAUUAUCCGGUUAAAGUUCCGGUGA